AUGCCUUGGAACCACUCUGUUACUCAAGAUUUCGCUUUGUUCACAAGACCCAAGAGAGCAUGCAUGUUCUCCAAGGUUGUCACAUUCUCCGACCCGUUUCAGUCACAUAGAAGAAAAGUGUUUUCUGGGUGUGGUUUAGGUGUUGGAACUUCUCUGGUUUUGUUAACAACGCUUCUGAUACUUCAGAGUCUCAAAAACUGUGACAUCUUUGAUGGAAAGUGGGUAAGAGAUGAUUCAAAGCCAUACUAUCCUUUAGGUUCUUGUACCCUCAUGGAUAGAGAUUUUGAUUGUCACCGUAAUGGGAGACCAGAUGAUGAAUAUGUUAAAUGGAAGUGGCAGCCAAAUGGGUGCAACAUUCCAAGUUUGAAUGCAACUGAUUUUCUGGAGAGGUUGAGGGGACAGAAGCUUGUUUUCGUGGGGGAUUCGCUGAACAGGAACAUGUGGGAGUCCCUGGUCUGUAUACUCCGUAAAAGCAUUAGAAACAAGAAACAUGUUUUUGAAAUUUCAGGGAGAAUUGAAUUUAAGAAGAAGGGUGUCUAUUCUUUUAGAUUUGAGGAUUAUAAUUGUUCAGUGGAUUUUGUUGUUUCACCAUUCAUUGUUCAAGAGUCAACUUUCAAAGGCAAAAAUGUGUCAUUUGAGACAUUAAGAUUGGAUUUGAUGGACCAGAAAACUACCAGGUAUCAGGAUGCUAAUAUCAUAGUCUUCAAUACUGGCCAUUGGUGGACCCAUGAAAAAACAUCAAAAGGAGAAAAUUAUUAUCAAGAAGGAAACCAUGUAUACCCAAGACUCGAGGUUCAGGAUGCAUAUACGAGGGCUUUGACCACAUGGGCUAGAUGGGUUGACCGAAAUAUUGAUGCCAAUCAAACUCAGGUUUUCUUCAGAGGAUACUCAUCAAGCCAUUUCUGGGGUGGGCAAUGGAAUUCAGGAGGACAGUGCCACAAAGAAACUGAGCCAAUAUUUGAUGAGUCUUACUUACAAAAGUAUCCUUCAAAAAUGAGGGCUCUAGAACUUGUCAUCCAAAAUAUGAAAACCCCAGUGACAUAUAUGAACAUAACUAGGCUCACAGAUUACAGAAAAGAUGGGCAUCCUGCAAUAUACAGAAAGGGGUAUAAGACAUCAAUGGAGCAGAAAUCUGCUGCACCACUAUAUGAAGAUUGCAGCCACUGGUGCUUGCCUGGGGUACCAGAUACUUGGAAUGAAUUGCUAUAUGUUUCUCUCUUAAAACAUGGAAAGGGGACUUGGAAAAGCUGAGCAAAAGUCCUUAUAAUCGUUCC